CGGAAUAUUCCUCCUCCUCAACCUGGCGGAACUUUGUACCGCAAGAGCAGGAGAGUCCAUAAGCUCUGCUUUCGCAGUAAACAAUUACAUGAAUAGGACUGCGGGAGCCAUGAGCGCUGUCAUUUCUGUCCUUGUCUGCUGCUUCAGACUCGAUUGAAUCUUUCUGAUAAAGCAAAAGAUUCUGCUGCUGAAGAGAUAUAUAAAAUGCGACUGAUAGAGAGGAGCUACAGAAGAGAGAUCAUAAGCUCCAGGUCGAUGCGUACUUCGAUGUGUAUUUUCAAUGACUAAUUAUGUUAACUAUGAGCCAGUGUUUAGAAGGAGAGAAGGUCAGCUAUGUGCUGCCAGAUUGCUUCCACUGCACGCAGAUAGCAGGGUACAUUUGCUUGACUCCUGCCGGAGAUGAUAGUACCUGUCGACCUUCUGGAUCUCUCACUCAUGGCCUGAAAGUCCAUAGGUUUUACAACGAACACAACCUUCACACAGGAAAAGCAAUUCUAUGAGAUCCUAUAACAGCCGACUGCAGGGCACCACAACAUGCAUUCCACUGCAAGCGAGCAGCACAGUUGAGUUGGUUUGAUUGCUCCUGUACGGAGCUUUGAGUGAAAUUUGGUUAUACGUCUUCAGGGAGGGUGAUUCUUAGAGGCUUUCAAAACUUUCAACAAAAUUUGCUUAUUCUUGUUAACUGAAGUUUGACACAAGAUUUUCUUGCAUAGCCUGCAGUCAUACUGUAUGAAUGGUCUCAGGUGUGUGACAUUUUUUGUGUUGAACAACUUGAAGCUAAGAAGCCUGUUUUCGCCUCACGUAUAUCCGAAUUAGGAGAAGGGCG